CAAUGCYAGCGAUUUUGGGCGGCAUGGCGUUGUCCCUCGAAUWCAGGUCCGUACCGGURCGUAYCGGUAGCUACGGUAAGGUCCAUUAAGUACGACUACUACGCACCGUAACGYGUCGUUUUCCCUUCCAGUCAUGACCCGAUUCCGGAACAUCCAUCGGCGMUUCGUACGGUACGGUACUUSUUGUAUUGUACUGUACGGUAGCACUAUCGUCGUUUUCGCUCUCUUGUGACAAAAGAACAACAACAACGACACAAAUUCGUUCGGACAACGCCUUCCAAGCGACCCCGGUCACAACUCUCUCGUACCAACGGYCGASCCCGCAAGAACCAUCGAACCCGUCUUCCCUCCCACAGCAUGAAGUCGUUCACCUCAUUCUCCAGAAAAUUUUCGCUGGCGCUCUUCCUUCUCGCCGCGGCGCCAUCGACGGCCGCAGGGGCCAAGGCCGGCUCCACGCCGUCCCGGCGUUUGCAAGACGCUCAGAAGCUCGGGGAGGCCAUCCUAGCGGAGCAAAAAGCGGCGGAGACGAAGGCACAAAUGGAAAAGGAGGACGUUUUSUCUCCCUCGACCCUGGAACAGAUCCACGUGAUCACCCGCCACGGGUCCCGCUCGAUGCUGUCGAAGGACGCCGACAGCCUGGCCGAAAAGGGCGGGGCGASCCUCACGCCGCUGGGACAGCAGCAGCUCUACGACAUGGGUGAGUGGCUAMAAAAGACCUACGGAAACUACCUKGGAGGCGACGGCGACAGCCUGAUGCACUACAACCCGGCCCUGCACCGRCUGGAAUCGACGAACCUCGAGCGCACGCUGUCGUCCGCCAACUCGCUGGCCCUGGGCCUCUUUCCCUCGGAAUUCCGCUCGACGGGGAUGCACCUCGACAACCCAGACGUCACGGAAGACCUCUAURMAAGCCACCUGGAACAGCCGCCGGCGAUCCCGGUCUACACGGGUGGAAAGGACCAGAACGACGUGACCCUGCGGGCGUACCGAAACUGUCCCACCUUUACCGAUCGGUUGCAAAAGCUGUACGCGAGUUCCAAGUGGAAGGACCUCGAGAAGUCGCACUCGGGCCUGCUCAAAAAACUCGGCAAAAUGUUCCCCGACGAAGCGGUCGGUGGAAAAAUACCACUGGAAAACCUCUGGAACGUCUACGAUCCGAUGGUCGUCGCGAAGACCGAAUGCGAGUCCAGAGGCGACGACUACGAGUACCAAUCGUGCUCGGCCUUUGUCACGGACGAGUACCUGGCGACCRAGAAGCUUGAUCUCUCCGARWUAUACAAGAUCCAGGUGCUCUUCGAAGAGGCAGAGUUCCUAAAGUACGGUCAGGGGAUCGACAGCGAGGGAACCGUCACCGCGGGAAAUUUGUUGGGAAGCAACCUGUUGUGGAAGAUACUGAACCGGUCGAAGGGGGACGGUGACUUCUUUUUGUAUUCCGCCCACACCGCAACCCUCAUCGGGUUUCUUUCGACGCUGCAAGCCUCCGAGGAUUUCUACAAGGCCACGGRAGGAGACGAUUCCAUCGCAUACGGCAGUGCCCUGAUCGUCGAAAUCCACAAGUCGUCGGAGAAGGGAAACUAUUUCUUCGUCCUCAAGUACAAGGCACCCCAUAUUGAAAACGCCAUCCACGUCGUUCUGAAGGAGUCCGAGACGGGAAUCAAAUGUGGCCAGGACAAAGAUGAAGAAUCUGUCAACAUCCCCAAACUCUCUUGGUGUACGCUCGACGAGGUUAUCGUCUGGGCAAGCGAGAACACGCUGACAUCGGAGGAAGCGUGGUGUGACGCCUGCAACAACAAACUGGCGGAUGUUUGCCUCACGGGGUUGGGUUCGUGGGACAAGUUUGGCAGCAGCASCACCACCACUAUCAACACCAUUAGCAGUGACGACGACGACACCGGGAUCAGCAGGAGCAGCAACACCAACACCGACAACACCCCCGCCUUUCAAUCCGAACACGAGCAGAUCGACGCCUGGUUGUUGUCGGAGGAAUACAUGGGAUUCGACACAUCGAACACCACGAUGAUAUGCCUCUUGUUUUUCGGCGGAUUCCUGGCGGGCGUGUUGCUGAUGGGAUUGGUUUGGUUCGCUACCUGCUGUUGCAACAAGACUAAGAGCGAUGCCAAGACCGUCGACGAAUCUCCCGACUAUCCCGCUAUCGGGGUGGUCGACAACGAAGAGCCGGACGAGAGCAAUGCCGAGAGCGACGACAUUCCCGUCGAACCAUUGGAUGACAAGGAAAUUUGUUAGAUACCCGCGAUGCAAGUAUAUAAUGUAUAAUUACGAACCAAUCAAAAACACAAUGAAUUCAUUAAUAAUAUUCCAAAAGAACCUUUCGUACUUGAACACUCAUGCCACUAAAAUUAUGUUGAUGMU